ACUUUGAAUUACCGACUUUUGCAAGAUGCAGUCAAUGAAAUGUUUCCGGAUACAAUUUCAGAAGAAACAAGAAAAGCACAUGUCACAUUAGUCCUUGAAGAAUUGUGCAAAUUAUUUAUCAGUCAAUGUGCGAACUUAAAAUCUAUUCAAUACAUCGGUUACCCGUCACUUAGUCCUUACAUAAUUGCAAUUCCUUCUCGAUCUAUCGAUCCAAUUUUUAUUGAUUUAUGUGGGCUUCCUGGUGCCGAGGCUUGUCUGUCCAAAUUACAAAGUUUUGAGUAUGGAGGAAAUAUUCCCAUCGAGUUACUUCACGCAUUCUCCCGAGUCGUCAAGGAACUUGAAAGUUUGACUAUUACGUCACUUGGAGAUGACAAUGAAGGAUUAAUAGCAUUAAUAGAUGCUCAAACCAAGCUACAGCAUGUUAAAAUUCAUGCACACGAGAAUAUACCAAAUAUUAUAUCAGCAAUUCAAUCCAAAACCGAAACGAUCAAGAAAGUUUCUAUCAUCGGUCGCACCUCUAUUCUUCUGGAUGACUUUUGUGGAUUUUCCAACCUUGAAGAGUUGACAUUGGAAUUAUUAGAAUUCCCUUAUAAUCGUCUUUCAAGAAGCUCUUUAUGGGUUACUCAAGCAGAAAAGCAAGAAAUACUCCGAAGGCAAAGAGAAUUUCAACAGUCUUUUCACCAAGCACAAAUCCAAUAUCAAGUACAAGUUGCUCCAGUUGUCCAACCAUUGGCUCAACAGCAGCCUCAACCUCAACAGGUAGCAACCCAAAACCAAAAUCAAGGGAACCCACCUCAAACACAAAACCAACCUACGCCUUCUACGUCUCCAACACAACACCUAUCCGCACCUCCUGCUUCUCACGAUACUUUUCAAGAUAUUUCUUCUACUUCUCACGUACAAAGUCAACCUACAACAUCUACAUCUGUGGCUCAACCAGAAGAUCAUUCUUUAGAUCAAAUACAAGAUCAAAAUGCAGACCAAGAUCAGAAUCAAUCUACCACCCAAACUCAAGUUCAACCUAUUGCUAUGACUAACACGCCAAACCAAACUCCAGGCGGACGAGCAAACCAAGUUGCUACGUUUGCACAACAAGUUUUUUCACUUUUUGGUACAGAUCAUCGACCAUGGCGUAAUUUAUAUCCUUCUGCAACUUCAGAGAUAGAAUGCUAUGCUAAUUCCAGCCUCACUAAGCUCCAUAAGCUUAGCAUAAGCCUUACUGGCCAACGAAUACAGCAAUUAAUUUUGUUAAUUCAAAAUACUCAUGGAAGUUUAC